UGGCGCCAACACACAGCGCAGCACAUAACAGAGAUCGAACGUAACAAUAACAAAACGCAUGGAAAACUAUAAAAUAAACCUUUGUCAGUCAGUCUCUUGUCGACCAGCUUCGCAGACAUGUCUUUGUUAUCGCUGCUGCUCUCGUUGAGCAUUUGCCUACUUGGCUUCAGCUACGUACACGCACGGCAGCAGCUCACACAGUGGAACGACGACGAGGCACACUUUAACCAAACGCUGAACGCCAUUCUAGUGCCACGCGUCGUUGGCAGCCGUGGGCAUGAGCAGGUGCGCAAUUACCUGGUAAAGUCGCUAAAGAGUCUGGGCUUUGCCACUGAGGUGGAUGAGUUCAAGGAGAAUGUACCCGUAUUGGGUCAGCUGACGUUUGCCAAUGUCAUCGGCACCAUAAACCCGCAAGCGCAGAACUUCUUAACGCUUGCCUGCCACUACGACAGCAAGUACUUUCCCAAUGAUCCCAACUUUGUAGGCGCUACAGACUCGGCAGUGCCCUGCGCUAUACUGCUGAACACCGCCAAGACGUUGAAUAGCUAUCUGCUGGAACAGUUUAGCAAUCGCAACGAUCUGGGCUUGAUGCUCAUCUUCUUUGAUGGCGAGGAGGCUUUUAGAGAUUGGACUGCAACUGAUUCAGUUUAUGGCUCACGUAACUUGGCCAAGAAGUUGUCCAGGCCAGCAGCUUCAGCAACCGCUCAGUUUGGACUAGCGCCACGUACAAUUGAUCGCAUUGAAGUACUGGUGCUACUGGAUUUAAUUGGUGCGCGCAAUCCUAGAUUCUAUAGCUUCUAUCAGAAUACACAAGGUCUGCAUACUAACCUGGUGCAGAUAGAGGAGACACUGCGUGCAGCUGGACAACUGCGUGGCAAAAACAGAAUGUUUUUCAAUCAGCCGGCAGGUGGCUUCGUUGAUGAUGAUCAUCGUCCAUUUUUGGAGCAGAAUGUGCCCAUCUUGCAUGUGAUUGCAACGCCUUUUCCGGAGACUUGGCAUACACCGCGCGAUAAUGCUGCUUCUCUACACUGGCCUUCCAUACGCAACUUCAAUCGCAUCUUCCGCAGCUUUGUACAUGAGUACUUAAAGAGACACAACGCCCCCAUUAAUUUGCGUAAUUAGUUUUCUUAGUGUCCUUAUUAUUAUUGUUUCUCUUUUAAUAAAAAUGUACUAGUUUAAAGGA